AUGUCCUCUCCUCAUACACCAGUUGCUUCCCCACCGAUAUCACAGAAUGGUCACUCGUUUUCCAAAAUCUCAGGAGUACCCUGUCCAGCAACACCGACCCGCUACACGGCGCCUGUCCACAUCGACGUCGGCGGCGUCAUAUAUACGUCAUCGCUGGAAACGCUUACAAAAUGCCCCGAGUCCAAGCUAGCACGCAUGUUCAAUGGAAAUAUUCCUAUCAUCCUGGAUAGCCUCAAGCAGCAUUAUUUCAUCGAUCGGGACGGGAAAAUGUUUCGUUACAUCCUCAACUAUCUCAGAUCCUCACGGCUGAUGCUGCCCGAAGGCUUCCGUGAAUAUGACCAGCUUAUUGAGGAGGCGAGAUACUAUGAUCUACAUGGCAUCGUUAGGGAGGUGGAGAUUUUACGCAGGUGUAAGAACAUCAAAACAGAAAAAUCGGAAGUAGGAAAUUCAGUUGCUGCGCAAAAGCAGCAACAACCACAGCAGUUGCGCAGUGGCGAGUUUUCCGAUUGCAUUGCCGUAAGUAUAAGUCCCGAUCUUGGCGAAAGGAUUUCUCUCAGUGCUGAGAAACAUCUCUUAGAAGAGGUUUUCCCAGAACUCACUUCAGCUCUAAUGGAUUCAAGGAACUCAGGGUUUAACUUGGAUAAUCGUUACGUUAUUCGAUUCCCUGUUAAUGGCUUCUGCAAACUUAAUUCAAUCCAAGUCCUUCAGCGAUUGUUUAACCACAGAUUUUUGGUUCACGCGUCCACGGGGGGAGGGGUCGAAGGUCAACAGUUCACAGAAUACUUGUUCCUCAGAACCAAUUGUAAGUCGCUGUAG